AUGGAUAGGAGAAUAGCCAAACUGGUAAAGGCUCAGCCAAUGAUCGGCUCCAAGAGGAUCAAGGAAGACCUUCACUUGACUGUGAGUACUGAUGCUAACAAGACACUGACACCUAUAACAGAGAACCAUCAGAACCCAAUUUAUCCAGAUGUGUGUCCUAGUUUGGUACAGAGAGCUCCCACAGCUCCUGCACUUCCUCCUGAUGGCUGCUCUGUUGUUGUGAGUGCUCAUAACAGCAGCACUGUCUAUGCUCCUGCAUUCAGUAAGAACUUCAUCAAUGGCCCUUUUGUUGUCAAUGUCAACACCAAUUCUGGAAAAGGUGAAUCGAUCCUGAAGAAAUUCCUGGAGACUCACAAAGCCAGUAUGAAGAGAAAAACUGAGUGUAUUUUUGAGGGAAAGAAAGAUGCAAAAAAUAAAAUACAGCUAAAGAAGGUGUACACACAGCUCUUCAUCACAGAAGGAGAACUUAACAAAGUCAAUAAUGAACAUGAGAUUCUAAAAAUUAUGAAAGACAAAGCAUUCAGGGUUCACAAAUCUCAGGAGACAGCAAUCAGCUGCAAUGAGAUUUUCAGUUUAGCACGGAAAAAUGAUGACCACAGUAAAACAGUGUUGACCAAAGGCAUUGCUGGCAUUGGAAAAACUGUAUCCGUUCAUAAGUUCAUUCUUGACUGGGCAGAGGGGGAGGCCAACCAGCACAUAGACUGCAUGUUCCUGCUUCCGUUCCGAGAGAUUAACUUAAUUAAAGAUUCAGAGUUCAGUCUUCAUGAAUUGUUGCUGGAAUUCCACCCUGAAUUGGAAGAAGUGAAGGAAGCCAAAACAUAUGAAAAUCUCAAGAUUGCAUUCAUUUUUGAUGGGUUUGAUGAAAGUCGACUUCCAUUGGAUUUCAGCAGCAGGAUGGUGACAAGUAUUCAUAAGAAAGCAUCUGUGGAUUUGUUGAUAACAAACCUCAUUAAGGGAAAUUUGCUUCAAACCUCCUUGAUCUGGAUAACCUCCCGACCAGCAGCAGCCCACCAAAUCCCUUCAGAGCAUGUGAGCAUGUUCAAAGAAGUACGAGGGUUCACUGAUAAUCAGAAGGUAGAAUACUUCCAGAAGAGAAUACCAGAUGAAUCUCAAGCCUCAAAAGUCAUCUCCCAAAUUAAGGUCUCUCGCAGCCUCUACAUCAUGUGCCACAUUCCUGUCUUCUGCUGGAUCACGGCUACUGUACUUCAGGACAUGCUGGCUCGAAAUCAAGGAGAGGACAUUCCCAGCACACUAACUGAAAUGUACACCCACUUCCUGCUUAUACAGAUGAACAUGAAGAACCAGAAGUAUGACAAGAAAGUUGAGCGUGACCUGAUGAAACUUAUGGAAUCAAACAAAGAACUGAUCCUGAAGUUAGCCAAGCUGGCAUUUGAACAGCUGAAAAAGGAAAACAUUAUGUUUUAUGAAAGUGACCUGAGGGAGUGUGGUAUUGAUGUCACGGAAGACUCUGAAUAUACUGGAAUGUGUGCUGAGAUCUUCAAACAGGAGUCUAUUCUUCACGAGAAAAAGGUUUACUGCUUCAUAUAUUUGAGUCUUCAAGAGUUCCUUGCUGCUCUCCAUGUGUUCUACUCUUACCUGAACAAGAGCAUGGAUGAUUUGCAGUUUUUCUUUGAUGAUGAACUUCCUGCUAAUAUUCAGUUGGAUCUCUUACUGAAGAAGGCAAUUAACAAAGCCAUAGAGAGUGAGAAAGGUCAUUUAGAUCUUUUUCUGCGUUUUCUGCUGGGCAUCUCACAUGAGUCCAAUCAGAAUCUCCUGGUAGGUCUGUUGCCACACACAGAGAACACCAAAAAGAGCAUUGGUAAAGUAACACAGCACAUCCGGCAAAUGCAAAACAAGGGCCCAGAUCUGUCACCUGAGAAAUCCAUCAAUCACUUGUUCUGCUUGGUUGAACUAAAAGACAGCUCUCUAUACAACCAGAUAAAGAAACAUCUGAGUGCAGAGGCAUUUCCAGGCAAAAGUCUCUCCUUAUCCAACUGCUCAGCUCUGGCCUACAUGCUCUUAAUGUCUGAAGAAGUGCUGGAUGAACUCAAUCCAAAGAAAUAUAACACAUCAAAUGCAGCUUGCAGGAGACUGAUCCCAGCUGUGAGAUGCUGCAAAAAAGCUUUGUUUGCUGGCUGUGAACUUACUGAGAGUUGCUGUGAAUGUGUAUCUGCAGCUCUGCAAUCAGAAAACUGCCCCCUGAGAGAGCUGGACCUGAGUGAUAACUACACACUUGAAACAGCAGCAAAGCUGCUUUCUGAUGGAAUCAAGAGCUCAUACUGUAACCUAGAGAUACUGAGGUUAGUCAGAUGUAAUUUUGCCCAUAACAGCUGUGCAGAACUGGUCUCUGCCCUCAGCUCAAUUUCAUCCUCGGUGAAAGAGCUGGACCUCAGUAACAAUGACCUGCAAGAUUCAGGAGUGAAUCAACUCCUUCUCGGACUAGGAAAUUCAUACUGUAAACUACAAAUUCUGAGGCUGGGCUGGUGUAACCUCACUGAGAAGAGCUGUGAGUUCCUCUCCUCAUUUCUCAACUCUAGCACCGAGUCACAUCUAAAACAGCUGGACCUGAGUGACAAUGACUUGCAGAACAUGGGAAUAAAACUGCUCUCGGCUGGAUUGGAGCAUCCAAAGUGUAGCCUGGAGAUACUGAGAAUGUCUGGGUGUAUGAUCACAGAGGAAGGAUGUUCUUUUCUAGCCUCAGCUCUGAAUUCUACCCCCUCUCACCUGAAGGAGCUGGAUCUCAGCUAUAAUCACCCAGGAGAGUCAGGCGAGAAGCUGGUGUCUGCUAGAGUGGAGGACCCACACUAUAAACUUUUAUUAAGAAUGGACCCAAAAGGUGAACAAUUUAUCAAACCAGGGGUCAAAAAGUAUGCCUGUAGGCUCACACUGGAUCCAAACACUGCACACAAACAACUCUGUCUAUCUGAGGAUAACAGGAAAGUGACACAUGUGGACGAGUACCAAGAUUAUUCAGAUCUUCCAGAGAGGUUUGAAGUAUUUCCGCAAGUGCUGUGUGAGGAGGGUCUGUCCGAUCGCUGUUAUUGGGAGGUCGAGUUCAAAGAUUCAAGCCCUGAAAUAGGCGUGACCUAUCAUGAAAUACUACGGAAAGAAGAUGACAUUUCUUUACAUGAGGCUUCGGCUCAGCUUGGACUGAAUGACGUGUCUUGGAGUCUAGGCUACAGUACAACUGGCUACCAUGCCCGUCAUGAUUCAGAGUACACAGACAUACGUGCUUCUGUCUCAAGGUCAGGCAGAAUAGGCGUGUUUCUGGACUGGCCGGCUGGUGUCCUGUCUUUCUAUAGCAUCUCUUCUGAUACUCAAACACUGUCCCACCUACACACGUUCCAAACUACCUUUAAGAAGCCUCUGUAUCCAGGCUUCUGUGUGGAAAUCGGCUCAUUAAGUUUAUGCCAGAUGGAUUAA